AUGUUUUCUGUUUGCGUAAGAACAGUUCAACGAAUUUGGCUGCAAGCAAUGACAAGUUUCUCAAAUGGGGUUGUAGUUGAUGUAUCCAACAAGAAGCCGAAGAGAGUUGGUCGCAAGCGGGUACAAAUUGAUUGCAGUAAAGUCUCAGAAAUUCCUCUUCGGCAACAAACAAACAUUCGAUCUUUAUCGUUUGCUAUGCAAGUUGCUAAAUCAACACUCCAUAGAAGAAUCAAAGAGGGUUUUAUUAGACCGCAUUCAAAUGCAUUGACGCCGUAUUUAUUAGAAGAAAACAAAAGGCAAGGCUUAUAUACUUGGUUUUAUAUGUCUAAAGAAUUAGAGAAAUAUUAUCUUCUUCCGGAAGAAGCUGAACCCGUACGCACUUGUAAGAGCAAGCGAUUCAUUACAAAGGUCAUGUUUUUAGCAGCUGUUGCUAGGCCACGAUUUGAUACAUCUCGUAAUGAAAUGUUCUUGGGAAAGAUUGGAAUUUAUCCAUUUACAUGCAAGGCUCAUGCCAAACAAAGUAGCAAAAAUCAUGUGGCCGGUACGUUAAAGACGAAACCAAUGUGGUCGGUGACUAAAGAGGAUAAUGCAAAACCACAUGUAAAUCCCUUGGAUACGAAAUUCUUAGAAGAUGCAGCCAAAGAUGGGUUUGAUAUACGCUUAUCAUUUCAACCUCCAAAUAGUCCGGAUUUGAAUGUGCUUGAUCUUGGGUUUUUUAGAGCGAUCCAGUCACUUCAGUACCAACAAGCUCCCAAAACAGUCGAUGAGCUGGUUGAUGCUGUAGAAAAAGCUUUCAAUGAAUUACCAACGGAAGCUCUCAAUCAUAUUUUCAGAACAUUACAGUGA